AUGAACUUCAACUUUGGGUCUGAUCGAGCGGAUAACGGUCUGCCAGCACCUCAUCGUCAACUUGAACCUUUCUCCACGCUGCCGUUUGCACCAGAUCCGGACUACGUCGACCGGCCCGAUAUCCUCGCAUGGGCGCGCGACAAGUGCGCGGGAAACGGAGCGCGAGCAGCGCUGGUUGGUCUUGGCGGAGUAGGCAUAUCGCAGAUUGCGAUACAAUACGCCCAUAGCAUCCACGAUGCGAGCCCGCAGACAUUUGUCUUUUGGGUACAUGCUAGUACCCGUGCCCGGUUCAAGGAAGCGUAUAAAGAUAUCGCAGACCAGCUACAGCUGCCAGGCAAGGACGAACCCAAGGCGAACGUAUUACAGCUGGUUAAAAACUGGCUGCGGGAUAAGAGAAAUGGGAGGUGGUUGAUGGUAUUAGACAAUGUUGAUGAUGUAGAGACCUUUUUCCCAUCACGGAAGCGCAAGCGGGAUGAGACAGAUACCGACAGCCCUACUUCCCUGGCCACAUAUGUUCCCCAGAGCCUCAACGGGUCGAUAUUAGUUACUUCACGGAGCAAAGAUGCGGCCUCCAGCCUAGCAGGCGGUCACAACAGGAUUCGCGAGGUGCUUGCCAUGAGCAUAGGCGAGGGCCUCCAGCUGUUGCGCAACAAACUAUACAACCCGCCCCUUGAGGAGAGCGCUCUAAAACUGUUACACGCACUCGACCAUAUACCUCUUGCUAUCAUAGAAGCGGCUGCGUACAUUAACCGAUGUACAAACAUGACGGUGUCACGUUAUCUAGACAAUUUUCAGAAAAACAAGACGAAUCGAGUGCGUUUGCUGAAGUGCGAUGUAGUGGAGUUGCGUCGAGAUCAGAGUGCCUCCAGCUCUAUACUGAAUACCUGGCAAAUGUCAUUCGAGCAGAUCCGCCAUGAGCGAGAAUCAGCAGCCGAUCUGUUGUCGCUCAUGAGCUUCUUUGACUCACAGGGCAUACCAGAGUGGACAUUGCGGCGAUUCAGAAAGUACAUGGUAAAGGCGACUGGCGUAGAAGAUGAUGAAGACGAAGACCAACACCAACACCAAAACCAAGACGAAGACAAAGAUGAAGAAAAUGGAGAUGAUAAUGAUGAUUGUGGGUUUGACGAGGAUUUAACUACUCUACGAGCGUACUCCUUGGUAUCGAGGACCGCAGAUAAUGUAUGCGAUAUGCACGCUCUAGUGCAGUUCUGCACACGAGCAUGGCUGUCGUCUCAUGGUGAUGCAGAGCGAUGGGAAGGAGAAUUCAUAGAGCUAAUGGCCCAAAAGCUGAUAGCGCAAGAGCCGCUUAAUGUGGUUGUCAAGAACUGGGAAAAGUGGCACCAGCUGUUUCCGCACGUGGAACUACUUUUUAACAGCAAGCCAUCCGGUAAGGAUAUAUUGCUGUUGUGGGCCCGAGUUCUGAAACAUGCAGCGUUCUAUCUAUUUGAAAAAGGGGACUAUACUGCUGCAACACAGGCUACAGUAAAGAUACUAGCUACUGAGGAGAAGAGUUUGGGUCCCAGUGAUAUGACAACUCUGUUUACUAUGUCACUAUUGGCGGUGAUGUUUCAGAGUCAAGGUAGGCACGAAGAGGCAGUAAGACCCAGCCAGCAAGCACUAGAAGCAAAAAUGAGGGAGCUAGGAGAGUACCAUCCUAGUACUCUAGAAAGUGUGACACAUUUGGCAUCAGCACUGCGUUCUCAAGGCAAGGACGAUGAGGCAGAAAAUCUUUAUCAGAAAGCUCUAGAGGAUUGCAAGAAAGAGCUAGGAGAGAAGCAUUACUCAACACUAUCAACUAAAAGCAACCUAGCUUCAUUGAUGUGUAGUCGAAAAAAUCAUAGCGGGGCAGAAAAUCUCUAUCAAGAAAACAGAUAUAGCGAGGCGGAAAAGCUACUUCAAGAAGUUCUAGGGGUGGGUAAGAAAGAACUACGAGAGAGGCAUAGCUUAAUCCUGCGUAGUAUGAGUGAUAUGUCAGGAAUUUUAUCUGCUCAGGGUAGAUAUAGAGAAUCUGAGAAGUUAUAUCGGGAAGCAUUAGAGAUAUCCACCAAGAAGCUUGGGGAACGCCAUCUCGCCCGUUCUUUGCACAGACUUCAUCGAUACGUGGAAGCAACGAAGCUAUACCAACAAGCACACAACGAGCUGACCGAGCAAUAUGGAUCUCAUCAUCCAUAUACAGUGAGAUUUCACCUGCUGCUCGAGAUAAUCCAGAAGGAAAUGGAAUUAGCUAGGUUAUCCGGGGAAGCCCAUGGUCAACAAAUAGAGGACUCGCUCUAG